AUGAAGAUUACCAUUAUCUUUGUCUCUCUCCUUACUUUCCUCUUUGCACACCUUGCUGGUGCCCUUCCAGCUCGGGAUGUAGGAUCUCCCAGCACUGUCAGUCAGAUCAUCGUUAGCCCACAACCUACACCCGCGAGUCAGAUCAUUGUUAGUCCACGACAGGUCAUUGUCAGCCCGAAGCCUACACCUGCGAGCCAGAUAAUUGUGAGCCCACGGCAGAUAAUCGUCAGUCCACGACCCACACCGGUCAACCACAACCACAGGAGCAUCAUCGAGCCCACUCCAGGAGCGCAUAGCAUGAAGAAAAUCCUCAAUGGAAUAUGCAACAACCCGACUACGACCUGUAUCGCAUAUGACGGACUAGACUCUUGGCAGGUCGAAUGCCCAAGCACUGAACGGAUUAUGGAUCGGAAGAUCGAGAAGCUCUGCAAGGAAUGCCAACAGGUGUUCCAUUGCGCCAAAUGGACUGUUGCUCACCAUAAGAACUUUGCAGCCGUUACUGCUGCUGCGGAAAGUGGGUGUCGUAUAUGCCGUGGUUUGCAGUACGCUGUCAAAAGCCGUAAGAGUACUAAGGACCUACUAAGCGCAUCCUGGAGCUAUCGCGUUUAUGCAGAAGUCACACCAAUACAAAUAUGUAUUGACUUGGACUUUCAGGAAAGGUGUGAAGAUGGCCUGGAAGAUCUAGAAGAGCCAGUUUGCUACUCGGUGCUGAUAGCACCAAGUUCGAAUAUUACCAUCAAUCCAUCGACCGGAGACAGGACUCUGACUCUUCCGCUCGAUGAAGCUACUGCGGCGGCUAAAGAAUGGUUAAGAGACUGCCUUGAGGGACAUGAAAGAUGCCCGAGAAAUACCCAGCCCAGUUCUUAUCCUGAGUAUUUGCUCGAGCUGGACGGAGAGACGGUGCAGAUUAUCUCGCCCGCAGAAGACAAGAUAGCGGGUCCUUAUGCAGCAACCGACAUUGCCCGUUCCGGGCUUCCCCACGCCGACUUACCAUUGGAAGUUGUAACGUCAGGUUUGAUAGGAGAUGGUGUUUACACGGCUAUAUCAUAG